AUUGCGACGAGUCUCCCACCCGAAAGGUUCGUGGAAAUUCGUAAUAAAAUAUUCUGUAUUAAAUUUGGAAUAAGAUUUUUAAUUUACGAGUUUUACCUCGGUAAAUGUUACUGGUGGGUCAUUACCUAAAUUCCUUUAUUAAAUAGGCCUACCCUAUUUUCUCGGUUGCUCACGAAAGGGAAAAAGGUAACUUGAUAGCCCAUUUUUGCAGCUAUAAAAAUGCUUCGUAUGCGAUUCUACAGUUUAUAUAUGCCGUUAAAGAGCGUGGAUAGACUAUGUGUUUUAGGAUGUGUUAUUAGGCACUAAUAUUUAACGGGUAUUAAAAAAGCCAUAACCUUUAUUUAUGUAAUGUUAUUUUCUAUAUUCUAAACUAUAUAACAUAGUACAUUUUCAAGCAAUUACAGAUUUUAAAGCUGUAUUACUGCUAAGCAAUGAUGCAUUUGACGUUUUCUUUGUUAGUAUGUGCUCAAUUGCUACUGUUGAAGUUGGUUCGAUGCAAUAUAGACCCCACCCAGGCCUACGAACGAUUUUUUGAUCUAGACGGCGUCGGGAAUGUGAAGCUGUAUUGGAAAUAUACUGACACGCAUAUUACAUUCGAGUUGCAUGGUCAAACUACCGGAUGGAUAGGAAUUGGUUUCAGCCCGACCGGGGGCAUGCGGGGCGCCGAUAUUAUUGUGGGUUGGGUCAAGAAUGGGAAUGCAGUUAUAUCUGAUAGACAUGGAGUCGGAAACACUUUCCCACCACGGGACGACCAACAGAAUGUGGAACUUCUCACCGGCGCUGAGUGCAACGGUUGGACUAUGUUGAAAUUUGUAAGACCGUUGAGAACAUGUGACGAAAACGACAGACAAAUCACCAAAAACACAAUGAAAGUAAUUUACGCUUUCGGGGCUGCCGACCCAACCGAUGAUGAUCUCACCCCUAUCAACUAUCACAGAAUGAACAAAGGUGUUCGAAGCAUGAUUUUACUUGAAGGUCCUCGCUUUGUUACACCACUAGUCCCAUCAGAAACUCAUUCUUCGUUCGAUAUUUUAAAUAAUGUUUCUGCGAUUCCCGCAAGGAAAACUUACUAUAAUUGUAUGUUGGUUAGACUACCUACUCUACCGACGAAACACCAUGUUAUUAAAUUUGAACCUUUAAUUCAACCUGGCAAUGAACGAUUUGUUCACCACAUGCUUCUGCACUUGUGCACGAAAAACGAAAAGGAUGUUACUUUGCUGAACACCAACCAUGAGUGUUAUCGAUUGACUUCCCCAGCUGACUUCAGUGACUGCGUUCAAAUUAUUGCUGCAUGGGCGGUGGGGGGCGGGCCUCAUAUUUUGCCCCCUCACGUCGGCUAUCCACUCGGUAACACAAGUGAGCCAGUUUAUGCGAUGCUUGAAAUGCAUUACGACAAUCCAAACCUUAUAUCAGGAGUAUCUGAUCAGUCUGGCAUGAGGAUAUAUUACACACCUGAGUUGCGACAAUACGAUGUCGGUAUUUUAACCAUCGGCCAAAUCGUCAACUCCUACUCUAACAUUAUUCCACCAACGAUUAGCUCCUUCAAACACUACGGUGAUUGCCCAGCUGAGUGUUUAGAGACGGUCAUGGACGAAAUAGGCGUUGACCACAUUAAGGUUGUUGGUGGGUUCUUACACAGUCAUCUACUUGGAAGAAAACUGCGGGUUCGCCAUUUAAGGAACGGAACUGAAUUGCCGAAUAUUCUCCGUGACGAUUCGUACGACUUCGACUACCAGGAAGGCCAUUCACUUACUGAGGAAGUUAUCAUAAGGAAGGGAGAUGCCUUGCAAGUUGUUUGUGAUUACGACUCCUCUGGUAGAAGCACUUACACCACGGUUGGACUUGCCACCGAAAACGAGAUGUGUUUAGGUUUCCUAACGUACUAUCCGAAAGUUCCACUCUCUAUUUGCGAGACUUCACCAUAUCUACUUGAAUUAUUGCAAUAUUUCGGUGUUCAUUUAGCAGGGUUUAAAAGAUACAGUUUAAAUUACGGGAAAAUGGACGACAUAUUAGUUCGGAAACCAAACGAGUUUAGGUUUAAAUCAUUUGGAAGUAUUCUUUCACAGCAACGAUGGACUCGGGCUAGAGCAGAUCACUACAGUGAAGCUGUGAGCAGAAUGCAUAGAAGUCGUAUGUGUAUUGUUAACGGUGUGUGGCUGCAUAUGGGUUUGUACAGAACACAAGCAUUGCAAAUCCAACAUCCUUUAACUGAACGACAGCCAGUAUGUACAACAGCAAAUCCGACAGGCAUUAUCACUGAAAUCUACAUACUCAAUGCAUGCCCUGAAGUAACCCCUUAACCUCGGUAACCAUUGUUGACUAAUAAUCUCUAGUGUUACAUAUUCACUGCUAGGGAUUUUGCUGUGUAAUGCUUAUGUGUGGCACUUUCAUGUAUGCAACUAACAACAUGUAGAAAAGUAGAAAGUAUGUCUAAAUAACUAAUCCCUUUUUGGAAUUUUUUUACACAGUUCUAAAUAAGUCCUGUUCGUCGUGUAUUUUGAUUAAAGAUUUUUCAAAUUAACUU